CGAAGCUCAACCUCAGCCGUUUGGCCUCUCGACUAUAUUCCCACUAUGAAAGAGGUACAUGACCCGGGCAUGCGGCGAUCACUGUCUGCUCAUCCUCUGAGACGAACAAUAAAUCGGCUCCGCUGUCUCUCUUUGAGCAGUGAUGGAGACAAACCCUCCAGCCAAAGAUGAAACCAAUAGGAAACGGCCCUGUAAAGGCAUUCGACGGGCUUGUUGGGAAUGUAAAAAAAGGAGACUGCAUGGCAGUAUGACCUCGGAAGGCGGUGUUAGCAGCCCUGCUGGGAUAUCUAGUCUUCCUACAGAAUAUCUCGACGAUGAAAACCCACCAUGUCCGCUGCACCUAGGGGAACGGCUUGGGAAAUUAGAGCAAUUGUUUGAAAAGUUUGUUUGCCGAAAGUUUUCGAGUUCAGCAGCAAGUUCGGAAGCUCCACGUAGCCCAACUUUGGUGGAGGACAUGACCGAGAGACAGUCCAAGUUUGUCUACGGCCUUCCCGAGAUAUCUAGCGAUACGCAAAGUAUAUCUUCGAUUGGUGAGAAUAUCCUUGCUUCACAGCUUCCAAAGUGGAAUUCAGCACCAUCAAUUCGAACACUAGUCGACAGCGGGGACAGUGGAUCUGGCCUUGGUUCUGAGGCUAUUCGCAGAUCUUUGAUCGCUCUUCUACCUUCUCAGCGAGAUGCGGAUGUCAUCUUCGAAUCCACUAAUGGAUGGAUGAUUCUCACCAGCGUGUACAGACCCGCGAAAUGUCUCUUUGUUAACCAGGACCCUCAAUCGUACGCGCUCGACAUGUCCGCUAUAGGAAAGGACCACCCCGUCGUCAUAGCACGCACCCUUCUCCAUCUCGCAAUUUGCAUAGACACACUUCCCCCGACUUUUGAGACCUCGCGGUUAUCCCAUAUCUGGUCUCUUGAGGCGGCGAUGGAGAAUUACGUUACGACUGUUACUUCCCUUGUAACUUCUUCCGACGAACAAAUGUCCACGCUUCCUGGACUUGAGACCCUUCAGCUCCUCGCCGCAUACCACAUGAACAGUGGUAAUCUUCGACAAGCAUGGCUCGUCAUUCGACGCGCAAUGAACCUCGCGCACCUUAUGGGGUUCCAUCGCAUCAUUGCUCAGCCUACCCCAAGCCCGACUGAGACAAUCGAGGCGGCAAAGUUCACGUGGCGCUGCUUUAUUGACGCAGAUAGAUUUCUCAGCCUGCACCUGCGCCUCCCGUUCGCUUCGGACGAAUAUCCUCGCCCCGAAGAUGCUCAUCCUGCACUCCUUCAUCGGUGGAGACUCGCUGGGCUAUCACGACAGAUCUCCGAACUUGACUGCAAUGUCACAUCGCAGACCUACGUCCAAGCGCUAGCUCUCGACGAAAAGCUCGAAGCAUUUAUGAAGGAGAUGUCGAAAGAGUUCUGGGACGUCCCAAACGUACCGCCAACUGCGCGAACGCCCGAGUCAGCCGAAGUUCUAGAAAGAUUGGUCGUGCAGAUAUGGCACUUUGAACUAAAGAUCUUUGUCCAUCUACCUUUUCUAUUACGCGCUACCCAGGAGACCAGAUUCGAGUACUCAAAGAUCACGGCAUUGCAAGCAAGUCGGAAUGUAAUCUUGAGGUGGUUUGCGCUUCGAAACUCUGGCAUCACACAGGCUUGCUGUCGGAUUGCCGAGCUGGGAGUGUUCAUGGCUACCGUCACUAUGGCACUCAACAUCCUGACAGAAAUGGCAACAAAAGACAAGCAGGAGGUCCAGAAAACCAGGGGAGGAGACUUCGCUAUGGUCUGUCGCGUGAUAGGGGAGCUGGAGAAACUAGCUAAAGGCAGCACACGGGAGAAGAUUGCAAAUCGCAGCGCAAUCGUCAUUAAGAGGAUUCUCUCCUCUCUCGAUCCAAGCAGACGGACUGCCGGGAAGACUCGCCUCACUAUACCCUAUUUUGGUUCCAUUGACAUUGGAUAUCAGACACAGCCAGUCAGACCACCUUUUGACUUGGAUUCGGAUACGGGAAAGAAACUAAAUAGCACAGCGACGGGAUCUCAUCUUCCCGUCUUCUCGUUUGUAAGCAACGCAUUGUGGCCCUCAACAGAGGGAAGUUGGGGAGGAGAAUUAGACUUCGACAUCAUUUUAUUUGACGGGCUAGAGGAUAGAGAUACCGACGGGAACUGGGUAUUUUGAGCGAGAUUCUAAGAGCGUUUCCUUUUCGGUUCCCUACUCAAGUUUUUCACGACGCAUUUUCCUUGGGG